GGGGCGGGGGCUGGCUUAAUGGAUAGGCACUUACUCGAGCAAGAAGACCCAAGUUUGGAUCCCCAGAACACAAUGGCUGAGCAGGUGGGGCAUCCACCUUCAAUCCCAGCUCUCAGGGAGUUAAGCUGGCUAGCUAAAACUACAAUCAGUGAGCUCUGGGUUCAAUGGAGAUACCCUGCCUCAGAUUUUCUGAGGAAGAUAUCCAGCAUUAGCUUCAGGCUUCCCCAGAAAUGCACAUGUACACAUACGUAAAAUUAUCUUGCAAACCCCCCACCCAAUGGACAAAACAAAGAGCUUCCAGGUUAUAAAGAACCUGGACUGGAGAACAGAUCGUCACCCUAGAAAUCUCACUCUCACGCCCGAAAGCCCGCCCCCACACGAGAGGCUGGCCUUUUGGGCAAACCUGCUCCUUGGGAGGGGAGGUAGCAAAACCUGUUUGAAGAUGAGGUUACCUCCCUUCCACACCUCCUGCUCCCUAGACACAAGAACAGCAGCUGGGACAGAAAGGGAGACAGUGGUGGGGGCCAGGACCACAGCCUCCUACCCUUCGUAAAGUGUCCUCAGAGCCCAGGACGGCCGGUGAGGAUGGGAACUAUACAAGAAACAUUACAAGUAGGGGCUGGGGAGAAGGCAGGAGCCACAGAGCCAGGAGCAGCCCUGAGACCUGGAGAGCUGGAACUGAGGGAAGAAUGGCAAGACGAAGAGUUCCCCAGAUUGCUUCCUGAGGAGGCUGGCCCGGAUGGAGAUCCUGAAGACCCUCAGACAGACUCCCAGGCAGGUACCCCCAGCACUCUGGCCCUGUGUGGCCAGCGCCCUAUGCGAAAGCGUCUUUCUGCCCCAGAACUGCAGCUGAAUCUGACUGAGGGAACUGGAGAAACUGGAGCUUCUCCCACCCACUCCGAGUCUUCUUCCUCGGAUGGCAGCUUGGACCUGGAGGUGGAUGAGUUGGAGACGCCUUCAGACUCUGAGCAGCUCGACAGUGGACAUGAAUUUGAAUGGGAAGAUGAUUUGCCUCGGGCAGAGGGCCUGGGGGCCAGUGAGGCAGCUGAGAGGCUGGGCCGGGGAUGUGUGUGGGAUGUGGCUGGAGAAGACGGUCAUCGAUGGAGAGUGUUCCGAACUGGGCAGCGAGAGCAGCGAGUGGACAUGACCACCAUCGAGCCCUAUAAGAGAGUGCUGUCUCAUGGAGGUUACCAUGGUGAUGGCCUCAAUGCUGUCAUCCUCUUUGCUUCCUGCUAUCUACCCCGAAGCAGCAUUCCCAACUACACCUAUGUCAUGGAACACUUGUUCAGGUAUAUGGUGGGAACUUUGGAGCUGCUGGUAGCUGAGAAUUACCUGCUAGUUCACUUGAGUGGAGGCACAAGCAGGGCCCAGGUGCCACCCCUGAGCUGGAUCCGCCAGUGUUACCGCACCUUGGACAGGAGGCUUCGGAAAAACCUUCGAGCCCUGGUGGUUGUCCACGCUACGUGGUAUGUGAAGGCAUUCCUGGCACUGGUUCGGCCCUUUAUCAGUUCCAAGUUCACACGAAAGAUCCGAUUUCUGGACAGCCUUGGGGAGCUGGCCCAACUCAUCUCCCUAGAUCAAGUGCACAUACCUGAAGUUGUCAGACAGCUGGACCAGGAUCUCCAGGGCUCAAGAGGCACCUAACAGGGAACCAGACAAAGGGCGGUAGCCGUGGGCCCAGAUGGUGAUGGCUCUGCACACUGGAGUUAUUAUGUAAACCAUCUUAUCCUGCCCCGCUCCAAUUCCACCAGGUCCUCGAUUCUCGGUGUGAUGUCUUUUUCUGGACACUGCCUUCAGGCUGGGACUUGAGGAUGGGAACCCAUAUGUGGGUGGCUUGCACUUCAGCUGUCCAGCAGGAAGACUGAGUGUGGCAUUUGAAGUGCAGAACUCUAGGUUUUAAUUCUCCUUUAGCUAUAAAAUAUGUGGAUCUCAUUUUCCUUCUCUGUAAUCUAACCCUUUGGGAUCCUUCCCAUCUUGGUUGCCUUAGCAGUCUUUUGAGGGGAGGUGGAGGGAAAGUUAGGGCUUAGCCAACAGCCACAGCCAGUCUGUCUGCUAGGAGCCGGAGCCCAGGAGCCGGCUUGCAGAAUGCUGAAGAACCCAACCCCUUUAGUCUGCUGCCUGUGAUUCUGGGAAGGACUGCUGUCAAAAGCUGUGUUUUCUACACCUGUUAGUAAAGUCAGACCUGUGGCCUUUAAUAAACCGAUGAGAGAUUUAA